GCCCGGCGGGAAGGAGCCGCAGCGGUGGGAGUAGCGCAGCGGGAGGAAGGCAGGGGCUCGCCCCACUGAAGCCAGGCGGCAUGGAUAAGUACGAUGAUCUGGGUUUGGAAGCCAGCAAGUUCAUUGAAGACCUCAACAUGUACGAGGCCUCCAAGGACGGACUCUUUCGGGUGGACAAAGGUGCCGGCAACAACCCCGAGUUUGAGGAGACCAGGAGGGUCUUCGCCACUAAGAUGGCCAAGAUCCACCUUCAGCAGCAGCAGCAACAGGAGGAGAUGCUCAUGGCCGCCCUGAAUGGAGGGGCUGCCUUCAGUGCCCCCCGGCCCAGCCCUGCCAAGCCGCCCCCAGCCUCCCUAGCUUCCAGGCCGUACGAAGGGGAGCGUGGCUUCGGAGAGAGCGGGACGCGUGCUGAAGCCCCGGUGAACCAAGCCAGGUGCCAGAGCUGGGAUUCAGAGCCAGACAGGAUCCGCAGGGCUGGGUCCUCACGCGGGGAGCAGCAGGCUAGGAGCACCGGUGACCCCCAGACCUGCCACGGUGGGCAGGAGAAUGGCAGUGAAGGCAGGAGGGGUGGUCGUGACCCUAUACCGGCUGGACAGAGGUCCUCAUCCUUCUCGCACGCCCGGACCCCCCCGGCACCCUCAGCGGGAUCAGAGAAGGGGACGCUGGGGACUCAGCAAAGGUCUUCCUCCUUCUCGGCUCCCUCGGUGCAGCCUGCCUGUGGCGUUUCAGGCCCCACUGAGCCCUGCAGGCCCAGGGCUGAAGGUGAGGGCAACCAGCCGUGGUACCAGGGCGUCCCACCGUCUUUCAACACCAGCUCCAAGCCCACAACCCCGAGCGUGGACUACCAGCACACCACUGCCUAUCCCAGCCCUGCCAGCCACUUCGUGGCCCAUGGUCAAAGCCACCGACCCAACGGCCCCGAGUCGGGCUCCUCACACCCGGCCUCGCAUGGGCUGACGGCCCCAGAUCCUCCACAGCCGCUUUAUCAGGAAGGUGUGAGCGGCCCAUGGUCGGAUGCCAGACACCCAGAGAGCUCCAGCGCAGCAAAGGUGAAGCUGCCCUGCCAGACCCUUCUUCCACAGCCUGAGCAGGGGCCAUCAGCAGCCGAGCUGAAGCUGGAGGCGCUGACCCAGCGCCUGGAACAGGAGAUGGAUGCUCGGCCGAAGGCCGAUUACUUCGGUACCUGUGUGAAGUGCAGCAAGGGAGUGUAUGGAGCAAACCAGGCUUGCCAGGCCAUGGGCAACCUCUACCAUGAUGGCUGCUUCACCUGUGGAGCCUGCAGUAGAAAGCUGAGAGGAAAAGCCUUUUAUUUUGUCAAUGGCAAGGUGUUCUGUGAAGAAGACUUCCUGUACUCUGGUUUCCAGCAGUCAGCUGACAGGUGUUUCAUUUGUGGUCAUUUGAUAAUGGACAUGAUCCUGCAGGCUCUAGGGAAAUCCUAUCACCCGGGCUGCUUCCGCUGCGUGGUCUGCAAUGAGUGUCUGGACGGAGUGCCCUUCACUGUGGACUCUGAGAACAAGAUCUACUGUGUCAGGGAUUACCACAAAGUCUUAGCUCCAAAGUGUGCAGCCUGUGGACUUCCCAUUCUGCCCUCUGAGGGCUCUGAUGAGACCAUUCGGGUUGUGUCCAUGGACAAGGACUACCACGUGGAAUGUUAUCACUGUGAGGACUGCGGGAUGGAGCUGAACGACGAGGACGGGCACCGCUGCUACCCGCUCGAUGAGCAUUUGCUCUGUCACUCCUGCCACCUGAAACACAUCGAGAAUGGCACGGCCCCAGCAGCUGCCUACCAGCACCACUACUAGCCAGGGUGGCUGACAGACAGCUGGGACAGGAGACUUGUUACAUGACCUCCCCCUCCCCACCCUCAGCUGAUUUCCUGUGCAUGCUUUUCUCCACUCAGCAAUGUUCCUGUCAAAGGAUAUGAGAGAUUUUUGCUGGAUUCCCAGAGUUUGUGUGCUUGUGAGUUCCAGCUGUAGCCAGCCUCGUCUACUUGACCAAGAAUGUGGCAUGCUGUCUGAACCCAUCAGUUUACUUUUAUGUGCCUUUUUCUGAUGCCUGGAGAUUUCUCUUGGCUCACCCUGGAGGAUUCCUCAGUGAAAGCACAAUUUGCUGUCGUGCCUAUGAACUUGGACUGUGCUGUGCACAAUCAGAAAGCCAGAGACUGCCUUGCCUGCCUGCUGGGGACAUCCUGUCAGUUUGCUAAGCACAUUUCAUCAGAUUCCCUGAAGGAUAUCAACCUAUUGAUACCAGUUUUUAGACACUCUCUUUUUAUUAAUUCUUUAGGGGGAAAAAAAAAGACAGAGGUCUGUGCAAAAUGGCACAGUCAGACCUUCUAGCCAAGUGCCUGAACUCAGGUAUCAAGUCUGGCUUUAAAAGCCCCAACUCUCCAAGCACAAAGCAGGCAGGCUGGCUGGCAGCUGGACCCCAAAACCCCAUUUAAAACAGAACAGACAACUGGAAGAAGCUGGGCAAAGAAGCCAGCAUGACUUGGGGCUCAAGCUUGUGUAGUGCUGUGUCAGAGUGUGAGCAGCAGCUCGUGGCUGGGAAGGAAAGGUUGAGAUGCUGAAAGCGUGGACACAGGGGAAAUCCAUCCUCAGUCUUGCCUGCAGAGCUCACUUUGGAGAAAAGCUCCCCCCACA